UGGACGGGGCACUUAUUACUACGUACUCCGUAGUAGUGCCACGAACGAUGUUGCUUCGAAAGUACAUGUAGCUGCAAAACUCCCUACUUCUCGUUUCCAUUCUCCCUCGCGUGCCCCUUCUCGCGUGACGACAUUGUGUAUUUCGUCUGUCGCGAUGCGAGGCCUCACGAUGGACGAAAAAGCCAGCCUGCCUCCCUACAGCGCCUCUGGCCUCCCACCUCCAGCCUCUGGAGCUGCGCCUUAUCGCGGUCGGCGAGCUGGUUUGCGCCGAUCCCGUGUCUUGAAGUUCUUCGCUGCGACUGCUUUGACUUUGUUGGUGGCAGGGCAGUGGAAGCAGGUGUGGCGAGAGGAUACGAAAGCGCCUCUGCUGUCGCUGGACAAGCUCAACGAUGACUUACAGACUUGUCAAAAGCUCCGACACAAGCCCCAGGACCCAAUAGGACUGGGACGAGAGAAAAAUGCCAGGUGGAUCGAAGGCAGCAAGCCUACGCUUAUCAAGAACGCUGUUGUUUGGAUUGGCGAGCCUGUUGAGGGCACAAGCGAGGCUGAUGCCAGAGCGGGCAAGGGCUGGGAAUGGGUCCAAGGCGACGUUUUGCUCGAGCAUGGCCUCAUCAAGCGAGUUGAAUCUCACAUCUCGUCUCGCUCACUGCCAGAAGACACCCAGAUCUUCGAUGCCGCGGGACGUCAGCUAACCGCCGGCAUCAUCGACAUGCACAGCCAUGCUGGUGUCGACUCUCUGCCAUAUCUUCAAGGCGACGCUGACGUCAAUGAGCUCUCCGAUAACAUCACUCCAUGGGCACGAUCCAUUGAUGCUAUUAACCCAUUGGAUCACCAGAUUGAAGUCAUCAAGUCAGGCGGUGUCACCACCUCCCUCGUCCUUCCUGGAUCCGGUAACAACAUGGGCGGCGAGGCUUACACUAUCAAGCACGCCGUUGGCCCCAGAAACGGCCGCAAAGAAAUCAGCGCGCAAGACAUGCUCGCAGACCCCGAUCGCAACUGGCGAUUUAUGAAGAUGGCAUGCGGAGAGAACGCCAAGAGGGUCCAUGGAGGCAUCGACAGAAGACCAUUCAGCCGCAUGGGCGAAAGUUUCGACUUCAGACACGCUUUCGAGCAAGCUAGAGCUUUGAUCCAGCGCCAGGAUGACUGGUGCAACAAGGCCGAUGCUAUUGGCGUGGAAAAUAUGGACGAGUAUUUGCCACAAGAGCUAUACUGGGAAUCUCUUACUGCAGCCCUUCGCGGCCAGGUCCAUAUCAACACUCACUGUUACACUAUCACGGAUCUUGAGGCAAUGGUGGACCAUACCAACGAAUUCAAGUUUUCAGUUCGGGCUUUCCAUCACGCUCACCAGACGUAUCUGGCUACUGAAAUCCUCAAGCGCACAUAUGGAGGCCGACCACCUGCGUCAGCCCUAUUCGCUGAUAACAUGUUUUACAAGGCCGAAGCCUACGUGGCGUCCGAGUAUGCUGGCAAAUAUCUCUACGAUGCCAAUCUCACGACUGUAUAUGUCAGUGACAACCCUGUCCUCAACGCCCAGCACGUCCUCUUUGAAGCCGCAAAGGGCUAUCACUAUGGCCUGCCCUACCACGCUGCUCUGUCUGCCGUUACCAGCGCACCUGCAGAGCUACUUGGUUUUGGGAAACGGCUAGGAAAAGUCAAGCCAGGAUUUGACGCCGAUAUCGUGGUUUGGGAUAGCGACCCCUUGAGCGUUGGAGCUGCCCCCGUCCAAGUCUGGAUCGACGGCACUGCACAAUUCGAUAACCCGGUUGAGCUCUCAAAGCCCAAAUCAAGCCCCAUUGUGCCCGAUACCGGGCUAUCUUACAUCAUCGAAGAGCCAACAGAGAUGCAAGACGUUCUCUUCUAUGGCAUUAAAAAGGUUCUCUUGUCCGAUGAUGAAAUCUUCGAAUCUAAUGACAAGCCUAUGACUGUCUUUAUCUCUAAGGGCAAAAUCGCUUGCAUUGGCCCCUGCAGUCCCGAGUAUGAAGCGGCCGCCCAAAAGGUGAAGUGGCGAGUCAUCCUAAAGAAUGGUUAUCUUACCAACUCUUUCACUGGCGUGGGUGGCACUAUCGGAUUGAAUGAUAUCGACGGAGAGGAGGUGACAGACAAUGGGCCAAAUCCGGUCGCCUUCACUCGUGCUAUCGAUGGCCUUCGAUUAGACAGCAAGAAGCUGAAUGUUGCCGCUAAAUAUGGUGUUACCAAGGGUAUCUCUGCUCCAAAAUUCCUAAGUGGCAAGACUCACCACGGUACCAGCGUUGGCUUCCUCACCGCGGCCAAGACCGUUGCCGAAAAAGGUGCCGUAUUUGAUGCCGAUGUUGCCGUUCAUUACACGCUUGACCUCAACUCCCGCUAUUCUAGCAGCUACUCCGAGGUAUUUGGCCUGUUGAGAAGAAAGCUCCUCGCGGUUGCUUCCAAAGAUAAGCCAGCUGAGGAUCCUUUCUCAGAAGCGGCCUACUUGCAAAAGGUUAUCGCUGGAAAGACAGUCCUAGCUCUUACUAUAAAUAAUGCGGAUGGCAUUGUCACUGCGUUGAGGAUCAAGUCAGAAGUAGAAGAGGUCAUCAAGUCCAAGAUAAGACUCGCCAUUCUCGGCGGUUCAGAAUCUCAUCUCGUCGCAGCAGAGCUUGCCGCUGCUGAGGUUGGAGUCAUCUUGCUUCCACUUCAAGCGCAUCCAAAUAACUGGGACCAACGUCGCUCGCUUCCAGGCGCGCCACUCUCAAAUGGCACGACGAUCGAUUACCUGCUUGAUGCCGGCGUCACGGCCGCCAUUGGCUUGCCUGAGGAUUGGUAUGUGCGCGAUCUGGGAUUCGAAGCCGGGACAGCCUACCACAAUGGCAACGGACGGCUAGGUGAGAAAGCUGCCUUGGAUCUUGUAAGUAUAAACAUACACAAGAUCCUUGGAAGCAAGCUGCCAGAGGAUCAAGCAAAGUGUCACUUUAUUGUCAGUGAGGGAAGCCCAUUGGAUAUCGGAUCUCGAAUCAAGGCCGUCGGCAGUGGCAGAGACAAAGUGGCAGUCUUUGUCAACGGCUCAAAAGGUCCGUCUUUGUUGGAAUCUUUGACAGCAAAAACGCCUGCCAGCCGUGAAGGGGCAGAUGAGCAAUUGUAGUCAAUGUAUUGAUGCUUAGCAAGCAAAUUUUGAAUAUCAUGUUAAUUCUCAUAGUUUCUAUACCUUUUCCUCUUUGCAAAAUGCAAAAGGGCCCAACUAGUUUCAUUUCAGCCUCCUCUUCACCCCUAGUUUGAGUCGCCAUCCUCAACAUAGUACAUUCUAGCCCUUUGUUCUCCAUCACGUCUAGCGCGCACUACGGCAUCGAAGUGGGAGCCGCCCUGAGCCUUUCUCCCACUGGCGCCCAGACCCUUCUUUCCCGCGCGGAGCCAGACGGCUUUGCCUCCAAUGAUUGGCCACUUGGACUACAACGUUGUUACUAAGCACAACCCGGUCGUCAUCGUUGAAGUCCUUUUGCUUGCGAAACGCUAUUCUUGCCUGCUGACAACUCACAUAGGAGAUGAGUAAAGAGGGGCUAAGCCCUUUGAGGCAAUUAGAGUACGAAGUACAGUAAGAUGGCGAGCGCCAAUUUCGUAAUUCCGACUUGCC